CAGCAUGAAGAAUAGCCUUCUACUACCUCAUUAAAAGCUGAACUAGUUUCUGCUUAUAUCCCUCAAACACCAUCUGUUGAACACCUUGUCAUGGAAAUUCACUUCCAGCAACCAAAGCAGCAUGAGAAAGCAGCAGUUGUUCCAAUCAGCAGAGGAGGCAAAUUCAAAGGAAGGAACAAGAACAAUGGCACAAACAAAUUUGUAGGGGUGAGACAAAGACCUUCUGGAAGAUGGGUGGCUGAGAUCAAAGACACAACCCAGAAGAUAAGAAUGUGGCUUGGCACAUUUGAGACUGCAGAAGAAGCAGCCAGGGCUUAUGAUGAAGCUGCCUGCCUUCUUCGAGGAUCCAACACUCGCACCAACUUCAUCACCCGUGUCUCCACAGAUUCACCUCUCGCUUCUCGUAUUCGAAAUCUGCUUAAGAACAGAAAAGGAACCAAGGAACAAGAUGUGGAUGCUUCUUCCUCAAGAGUCAGCGCCAUUAGCUCUACUAGUACAAGUACUACUGGGAGCUCAGACUUGAGCAAUGGUGACAAAAGUGAGAGCACUCUUUCUAGUGGGAAAAUUCAGAACACAGAGUUAUUUGGUGAUGGUUAUAGACCAGAUUUGAGCAGUUGCAGGGAAGGUCUUGAUCUAGGUUCCCAAUCUAAUCCUUCAUGGGCACUUGGACCUUUCGUUGAUCUUUUUCCUUUUGCUCAAGUAUUGGACGUGCCAAAGCCUGAUGGUAUCGCUGAUACAGCUGGUACAGUUGAGUUAGAGCUUUCAGAAUUUGAGAGGAUGAAAUUUGAAAGGCAAAUAUCAGCCUCUCUCUAUGCAAUUAAUGGAGUGCAUGAGUACAUGGAGACUGUCCAGGACUCUAAUGAAGAAGCUCUCUGGGAUCUCCCACCCUUAUGGUCAAUGUUCUGCUAAAUUCAAAGCUCUUAGUGACCUUUAAUCAAUCUUUCUGAUGUAUCUUGAAUGCUCCAAAUUAAUACUAUGAUCCGCCAUCUUUCAUAAAUAAACUCAUGAAUCAGGAAGAGUUCAGGAUCUUGACUUGAGAUAGAGUUUUGCUAGCCUCACUGCUUCAUAAAUAUUAGCCAGAAAGCGAGUUGCAUUAGCUAUUUGUGAGUGCUUUGUUUUUCUCAUAUCUGUACCGAAAUAUUCUCCAAUGUAAAUCCUGAAGUAUCUUUUGUAUCUAUGAUUUUUAAGAAUGUGUUUGGG